GCUCGCGGGAGUAACGUAACGGCGCGGAGUAGUUUGAACUGUGGCCCGGGGUGGAGUGGAGGUGGCGACUGUGAAUCCGCUUCCCUCUGUUGUUCCACGCCCCUGCACCUCUGAUUCCCUUCCUAGCCUGUGGUGAAGUGCUGCGUAGUGUUCAGGGAAAGAAAUGGGCACGAUGGCCGGCAUGAAGCCUUUGCACAGGCUCUUUCAAAGGGCCAGUGAUAUGAUCCAGGAAACCAGUGAUUCUUUUGAGCAACACUUCUUGUGGCUGGAGGAGGUGGUGGCUGAGGCCCGGCAGACCUUUGUCACGGCUGAUCUGGUCAUGCUGCCCAAGACUCCCUCAGCUCCCAAGAGGACCAGGAGAGUCUUGAAAGAGGAUGCAGAAAACAUGCCUCCGCCUGCCAGUGCCCGUCCGUCACGCCAAGGCCGCCUCUGCUCCAAGCUGGCGAGUGAAAAAAUUCAGGAGCAGAUACGCUUGGAUCGAGUGAAGAAGCUGCGUAGGCCGUCCUCACCCAUCGACCAGGUUCUGCCAUCCACUGCCAUCAAAGCAAAGACCCACAAGAAUCUUCACUUUGAUGUCUCUCCAUCUCCCUCCAGCCCUGGUGAUGAGCCAGAUAAGUCCCCAGUAUCAAGAUGUGAACGUGCCACGUCCUCCAGUCCAAGAAGCUCUCGUGGGAAUUCUAAGGAAGCUAUAAAGCCCAAGAGGUUCAGUACACUCCAGAAAGACACCAACUCUCCAAAGAAAGCUUCUAUUUCUCUUCAGAAUGACAAAAAUACAUCUUUACGAGAUGGUGACAGCUCCUCACAGAAUGAUUUGAUUUCCUCAGAAAAGGAAGUUACCCUCCAACAAAGAGAAGGCACUACCUCACCGAAGGACACCCUUCAGAAUCAUAGUUUCCCACCGUCAGACUCGGGUUCACUCCAUAUGGAAACUAGUUCUACAAUAUCUUCCAAUGAAGUAGUUAGUAAAUCCCCAGACAUUUCUCUAAAAUGCAUUAAUGUUCAAGAGAACACAGAAAAUAAAAAAAUUCAGGAGGAAGGUGCAGGCGAUAGGUCUCAAAACAGAAACACUGCAACAGUAGAACCUGAGGUGCAUCCACAGGAUGAGGAAGAGAUGCACCUGCAGUUGGAUGAGAGUUUUGAGGAAUGUGCAUCUGCAGGUGAGUCAGAGGAAGAGCAAGACAUAGAGUUGGUGCUGGACUUACCAGAAGGGCAAAAAUCAGAGAGUGGCACUGAGAAAAAGAAAGGGGAUUCACCUCUUCCAAACAACAUUCCCCAAGCGUCCUCUGUCUCUGCUCCAGUAGCUACAUGCUCCAAGAAAGAUGUUGAAAUUCAGGAGUCACUAACCUCAGGCUCCUUGCUCCAGAGUCACUGUGCCCCGGCUUCUAGAGUCACUCACACUAAGCAAAGAGCCAUGGCAGCACAAGAUGCUUCCUUAGACAGCUGUCCUCAGUCUCCCACUGUCUCUGUCCCAAGAGUUACAAGAACCAAACAGAAAAUUAUCAAAGUGCAAGAGAUUCCAACUCUCUCAGACAGCCCACCUGAACCGCCAGCUGCCCCGGUGACAAGGGUUACACGCACCAAGCAGAGAGCCCUUGAAAUACAGAGUACUGUACCUCCCCCAGUAAAUGUUCCACAGCCAUUUGCUCCUGCCCCAAGAGUUACACGCACCAAGCAGAGAGCCAUUGACGCACAAGAUGGCAUUCUUCCUCAAGAAAAUGUCCUUCAGCAUCCCACUGCUCCUGCUCCGAGGGUUACCCGCACUAAACAGAGAGCCAUUGAGAAGGAACACCCACCUUCCUCGCCAGAUUUGCCUCAGCCUGCCCCACGAGUCACUCGCACCAAGCAGAAGGCCAGAGAGAUGGAGCCACCUGUUAGUUCUCAAGAAUCCACCACCAUGAGACCUAGAACUGAAGAUGAGGACAAGGUCAGAUCACAGAUCACGCAAGACAUGACCACACACCAACACCAGCCACCAGAGAGUCCUGGGAGAGGCACAAGGCACACUAGUGCUAAGGAUUCAGGGAUGUUCAGCCUUGGAACAAAAAGAGGUGGCUGGAGUUCAGUUGAAUCUUUGUCUUCAGAGGAAUCCUCUGCCCGGCCCGCCAGGAUAACUCGCUCCAAGAUGUCCAAGCUACAGCAACCUCACCUAAGUCCUGGGAGAUUCCCUGCCUCUGAAAACUUCCAGCGUGCCUGUCACUCCCCUGUGGGUUCUGUACGCUCUCACAGUCCAAGCAAGGGCUCCCCAGCUAACAGGAGGUUGGCGGGGCACUCAAGCAAGGAUGGUGGCAAGGACCCCCUAGCAGCAGAGGUGUUACUUUCCCCAUUGCGUGUUGUCCGCCACUCCCCAGACAAGACAGGCAAGGUGUUGCAGGCCAGACUUCCAGUGGUGAGUGGCAGUUCAGGAAGGGUCACACCAAAUGUUAUAUUCAGGAUGCAGCCAUUCCUCUCCUCUUCCUCCUCCUCCUCCUCCUCCUCAGAGCACAGGAAGAUUAUGAAGAAGACAGUAGGGACCCCAAGUGAGGGCCGCCGUCCUGCAAACAUUGUUGGUGGUGUCACUUCCUUCAUCAAGACCCAGCCAGCACGCCCCACUAGGGAGGAUGUGGAGAGAGUACGCCUUCAGGAGCUGCAAAGGAAGCAGAAAUAUGAAGAGGAGACUGUCAGAAAGAAGGAACAGCUACUACUGGCAAAGGCUGAGGAGAAAAAGAGGUGCAAUGAGGAGCGGAUGCGGCGGGCAAAGGAGGCUCGGCUGAAGAAAGAGCAGAUGGCAGCAGCAGCCAAGGAGCAGCAGAAGCUUGAACGGCAGCAGAGAGAGGCACGGCAGCGGGAGGAGGAGGACCGGAUACGACAACAGCAGCUGGCCAAGAAGAAGGCCGAGGAAGCAAAGAAAGCAGCCAAAUUGAAAGAGGAGGAAGAAAGGAAGAAACAAGAGGAAGAAGAAAAGAGGAAACAAAAACUAGAGGAAGAGAAGAGAAAGCAAAAACUACUUGAAGAAAGAAGGCAAAAAAUACUUGAAGAAAGGAGGCUAAAACUAGAGCAAGAGGAAAGAAAAUUAGACGAAGAACGGAAAAAUUUCCUUGCAAAGCAAAGAGAUGCCUUGGAAGAACAGAGGAAAUUGAAGGAAGCAAAAGCACAGAUGUUGAUGAAGGAGAAAGAAGAAGCAGAACGACUCAAACUGAAAGAGUCUCUCCGAAUCCUUAAAGAGAGAGAACUGCAAGCUAAAAGAGAACAGGAGGCCAAGACUGCCAUGAGUAAUGCUUCCACACAAAAAAAUACCCAUAUUACUCCCUUAAACACCACCAUCACAAAGGAGAGCAACAGUGGGCCCCUCAACACCACAUACACCAAGCCUGCAGCCAGUAAGCAGACCAACAGCUAUGAAAUCACACCCCUCCAGCCGCCAAGAAGCUCACACUCUCUGAACAACUAUGACAUAAAUGAUAUGCAAAGUGAUGAGUCCACAGAUGAUGAAGCCUCUCCUAAAAAGAAGAUCCCGCAGUGGGCCAUGAAAACACAGAUGCAGGCAGCUGUACUGCAGCAAGAACACUAUCCUCCAAAAGUGGAUGAGAUUUUCCCAGCCAGUGCUCUGCUCAUCAUCCCAGAUCUUACUCAGAUCUUCCGCCAACAGAAGCGUCGCUUCAAGAAGAGGACUUCGAGUGCCAUUUGGGAAACACCACCAUCAAAAUAUUUUCGGUUUAGGAGUCCAAAGUGAGAUUUGUAGGCCUGUGUAGUAUGCAUUCCAGAACAUGGAGGUUAUCUCAUGGAGUUGUAAUGUUUUGAGGCUACAGUAUUCAUUCAACUUUCAUAGCAAUAAUGCAUGAAGCAUAUUGAUGCGUCUUUGUAGCUGGAUUGUGCAGUAUUACUUCGUAAGCAACAAGACAGGCUAUUUAUUUUCCUUGAUCUGACACUGACGAUUUUUACUUUCCUCCAACAAAGAUCAAAAGGUUAUGAAUGUUUGUUGGAGAUUUUAGUCAUGGGUGUACAAAAAUGCAUCAUGGUAACACUACUUAGUCUUCAUAAUAAAAUUUUGGUGGCAUCCAUAUAAUUCUUUGGUGGAUAACAUUUCCAGGGAAACUUAGAAAAGUGUUAAUUUUGAUAGGAAAUACUUCUUAGGGCCAAGACGCCAGUAUGGCUGAAUCAAACCAGUCUUCACAGCAGGUGCUGCCACUCAUUCAGAUCACAUUCUGUACAUCACUUUUUUACUUAUGGUUUCUUAAAUACUGUUGUGAUUCCAAUCUCAUGUCUCAACAAUCCACUUUAAGAUUCUGAAACUGCUUGUGCUGACGGUUUCAUCUUGGACCAGACAGACCAUAGUGAGCCGUCAGCAUGGUCAGGAUAAUUAACUUAUGUAAAGUUUAUAUUUAUAUUGUCUUGGUGGUGACUGCACCUAGGGACAACAAAAUAAAAUUUCAACAUUGUAUGAAAA